CAACAGUCCCUUAAUGGUGUUUUCUGGUACAAAUGUAUGAUAAUGUAGGACGAUAUAUCAAACCCCCUACGGUUUUAUUAAAUGGUAGUAUAAUAUAAGCAAUAAUAGCUGAAUUGAUUAUACAAUAAACAUUGUAGUAUUGUACCGACAUCGGAAACUGUCCAUAUAAGGUAUGCUUGCCCUACUUGGGAACAAAUGAAAAGCGCUUACUCAAAUUAAAGUGUGUCCGGAUUGGGCGCAUCUUCAGUACUACCAACGUGAGCUAUCUUCGCAUUUGGGAGGCGCCGGUGAGGUUAACAAGCACACCUUGAUUGUACUCAUUAGAGCAGGUGCACAACCCAGACAAUCGAGUAGUUGUCUAUUUUUGUAAAUGUGGGCAAAUAAAUUAGAUUUGGAGUUUGACAAAGUCACAAAAUAAACUGAGAUGUUGAAAAAGUACAAUGUAGCAACGCCACACAUCGGGGGUGAAGUUAUUUUUGGGGCGACAACACAAACUUUUUAUGUUAGGUCUGCUGCUGCCUUGACCUGGAACACAAGUCAACCUCCAUGUUGUUUUGCUGCUACUGGAUUUUUUACGGUGCAGUUGAAUGCAUCAUGACAGCAAGUAAAACCAGCACACCGUGAAGUGAAAUCAAAAAUAAACUAGAGCAUGAUGUACUUUAGUGCCUUGCUCUAUGGCACUAUGGCAGCACUCGAGGCAUCUCCCCAGCACCCAAAAUUGGAACCGGGUUUGGACCUGACACCGGAGUCUGCCAGCAGACCCCCCCGCCCCCACACCCCGCAGCCUCAGGCUCUCAAGUCAACUUUUUGCCUCAUAAAGCGAUGAUAAACUGCUCUUGAUAGGUCCCCCCCCGGUGAGUGUCGGCACGCUUUUUACAGCAGAGAGACUCUGUGUUAAUUUGCCCGCAUUAUCAUCAGUAAAAGACUUGUGAGGAAGCUGUCUGUCAAGUCCGUGAUGGUACAUCAGUGAAGGGAAGAAGUUUUUGCAAAGCGAACCAUCCACCACAGCGCAGCAGCGAGCCGAUCCCUCGCAGCAGGCCGACAGACAGCGGUCCGGCUUCAGCCUCAGGUGCUUCUCUGAGGCGGGGCGACGCGGAGGUCCAGGUGUUGCAGAGGCAUGGACUGUAACUGCGUCAGCGAUCUGCUGCUCCCCCCGGUGCCCGCCCUGUGGACGCCAGGGUUCGCCUUCCCUGACUGGGCCUACAAGCCAGAGUCGAGCCCCGGAUCCAGGCAGAUUCAGCUGUGGCAUUUCAUCCUGGAGCUGUUGCAGAAGGAGGAGUACCAGGGGGUGAUCGCCUGGCAGGGCGACUACGGCGAGUUUGUCAUCAAGGACCCGGAUGAGGUGGCCCGACUGUGGGGGAUUAGGAAGUGCAAACCUCACAUGAACUAUGACAAGCUGAGCAGGGCACUGAGGUAUUACUACAACAAGCGUAUUUUGCACAAAACCAAAGGGAAGCGAUUCACCUACAAGUUUAACUUCAGCAAGGUGGUGCUGGUCAACUACCCCAUCCUGGAUAUGGCCAACUCGCCCUUCUUCCUGGCCCAGAACCACUUCAACGGGGGCUCCACGGCACCGGACUGCAGCCCAGAGGCGGUACAGUCCCUGUUUCCCCGCUUGCCAGACACCGGCAGAGCCUCAUCCCUGUGCGAUCGGGGGACAACGGCGCCGGCGCCAGAAGGAGACAAGCUCAGACUGGAUACAUUUCCUUUCCUCAGUUCAGCCGCCCCAUGUUACUCCAAGCCCCCAUCCCUGCUGGGCCCUUACCCUCGCAACCCGCCCUUUGACUACCCCUGGGGCUUCAACCCCUACCUCCCGGGGGCCUUCUCGCUCAACAACUGCCCCAAACUGCCCCCCGGCUCCCUCUACCCCUCCCAGUUCUACCCCGGCCCCUUGCAGAGCAGUCUGUCCCAGCUGCCUCACCCCUUCGCCAGCUUGCUCCCCCCGGGGGAGGUGGGCGAGAGGGGAACAGCAGGGCACACCGGCGGGACAAACGGCACAGCAGGGUGCCAGCCGGGCAGACUGGGCCUGGCGCCCUAUCCGGGGAGCCUGAUGCUAGGGCGCACAGACAUCAGCAACGGGGCGGCGUCCUUGGGGGAAAGGGCGGACGUCACACCCCCAAGCUCGGGCUUGAACGUGGGCCUUGUCGCCAGCGCGGGCCGCCAGAGCCCCACGGAGAGGCGGGGGAGCGUGAAGCAGGACCCCGAGUCAGACUCGGACCUGGAGAUCACAGAUCUGAGUGACUGCAGCUCGGACAACGAGCAGGAUUUCACUACGGCCAAGGAAGCCCGCCUGGGGGGGGGACGCCCGCAGACGGGGCCGAAUGGGAAGAAGACAACCUUACUGCCGCCCAUCACGUCUGUGUCCCCCCACCCUCUGAAGACCCUGAUGCCCAUCACUCCUACACCCCCUGCCCUCACACCCUCGCUUGCUCCCACUGUGGCUUCCUUGCAUGAGAGACACAGGGAGACAGAGACCCUAAAGAUGAUCCACAGCUAAUACUUCUUCUUCUGUGGUGUGCUUCAUCUUUUUUUCUUCUCUUUUCCAAACACCUUAAGCACUUAUGUGCUUUUCAUGCAAACUUUUUCCCACUGAGAUACACCUCUAAAGGUCUCAACCCACGUGACUUUGCUAGCAUUCACUUCAAGUAAAAACGGCAAUAGCACAAACAAAGCGGAUCCUCCAUGAAUUAACAAAACACGGUGCAAUACUGCCACCUGGUGGCGCAAUUCAGCCUAACUCUUUGCUCCUGUGCUUCACAUUGUUUCAUUGACUUGAAUUUAAAUCGCAUUUUUAAUGGUGUAAAAAAAUGUGAAUUUUAAAUGAAGGAAAGAAAAGAAAAGCAGAAAUGUAGAGAAUUUGUAUGAAUAUUUCCGUGUGUAUAUAUAUUUUAAUAUGGUGUACAUCACAUUUAAUUAUUAUUCGUCUAAGAUGAUGAGACAGCCGUUAUCGUUGUGACUAUUCCGUAUUUAAAAUUAAAAUUAAAAUAAAAAAAAAAAGCUGAUGUGUAUCACUAAGUUUUAAAUUAUUCAUGAGACAACCUGUUUUUUUUAUGGUGAGCUUAUUUGGGAUUGUCUUAAUUGGGCCCUUUGGUCUAUUUUUUUUUUUUUUUUUUCAAAAUGUCCACUCUACUCUCCAAACACUUUUGGGAGCACAAAAUAUUCUGGCAGACUUAUUUUUAUAAUUAGCAUUCACCCACUGUAACAGUACUGUAAUUAGUCAAAUGUGAAAUAUAAUAUUGGUCUUUGCAUUUAUUAUUUAUUGAUUUAUUUAUUAAUCAAUGCUUGUUGUCCCUUUCAACAAAAGGGCAUAUUUUUAUUUAUUUUUAUUUAUUUUUGUAUUUUAUUCCCUGACUAAACCACCUUGUAGUGCUUCACGGCCAGUUGUUGUAAAAGUCUCGUUUAUCACUACAGGAUGUCUCCACUUGGACACACAAACAGUUGUAAAUAAUGUCUCCUCUUUGUGUGUGUGUGUGUGUGUGUGUGUGUGUACACAUCCAACAUUCUCUGUUUUUACUGUACAAAAGUCAUAUGGAAGGUGCAAACAAAAAGGAAAAAAAAAUAAGAAGACAAAGAUUAGUAUCUUGAGAAGCAAUAAACUAUU